AUGACAGCUCGUGAACUUGCCCUGCGCACAAUCCGAUGGCAGUCACGCUCGAGCUGGGCUUUCAGAAGCAUCUGGGAACGAUGCUCCACCGCUGUGAGCGAGGGCUUCAGACUCCCUCUUCGACUGGCUCAGUCAACGGCAGAUCAUGCUUUGCCCGCUCUCCACAACCGUUCGCUGCAAUCUGGCCGUCAUUUCCGUCGUAGCUUUGGUCCACAUCGAAGAGUCGGGAGACCACGUUGUUUCCAACUGGGAUACAAGACACCGUUGGCACCGCGGCAUGGACAUCUCCCCGUGGGCGUCGAUCAGCGCAUUGCACAUUCGGCACGCAUCUUUGCUCGAAGACACUGCCCGUGGCAACAAUGGGAUCGUGUCGCGGUCGAUUUCGUAGAAGUACAACAGGUUGACCUCAUCGUGGACCUUGCCUUGCUUAAGGUCUGGCAUACCCGUGUGUGGAAGGCUUGUUCAGGGUGUCUUGAUGGUCGUUUGUUCUUCGCCAUUUUGGAAGGCCGGCCUGGCGAGGACGUCAGUGGACCCUACUGCGGCUUCGAGCAUGCCGUGGUGGUCCGAGAUUCGCAUGCGACAGUUUGCUCGGGCAAGACGACUGAGGCAAAAUCCGCGCCGCGCACUGUUCAAGCUGAGCCGGCCUUAAAGACGUGGUCGCUCUUGGAGGGACAUAACCUUAAGGCUGCAAGGCUCACGCUACAAGCCCACGGAGCCCAGCGUGGCCAAGAAUUCCGAGAAGGAGUCUGCGAGAAACUGCUUCAUCCUAGCGGCAUCUUUCCUGAGUUAGGAUGGAAACAACGAAGACACCUCCUCAGUAUCAUGGCUCUGAGACAUCCUUGCACGCACGUCUGCGAUUGUGUGCUGCGAGUUGCCCUUGAUAUGCUGGACUAAGAGGCGCCAGCCCACCUCGCUGCGCGAUGAGAAGUCAGUUUGAGCGAGUUUGAUACGGUCUACUAUGCCCAGAGGAUUUUGUCAAGCGGGCGGUUGUG